GCUGCCGCGGCUGCUGUUGCCCGCGCGGAAGCUGCGGCUGGCGCGCGGGGGCUGCCGUGCUGCGGGCCCGGAGCGGGGCUCGGCGGCCCGGGCCGGCCAGGGGACGCCGGCUCCGGGGGACACACCAACAUGAGGCGGAGAUUAAUGUGACAGAAUCAGGUGGAUCAACAGCCAUCCCACUGCCCCUUUGUUGGGGGCUGCUGAGAGUGGGGAAGCAUGGAGGACAGCAAGAACGAGACAAUGAAUCGCGCUCAUGUCCUCUUCGACCGGUUUGUGCAGGCCACCACCUGCAAGGGGACCCUCAGGGCCUUCCAAGAACUCUGUGACCACCUAGAACUGAAGCCUAAGGACUACCGCUCCUUUUAUCACAAGCUCAAGUCCAAGCUUAACUACUGGAAAGCCAAAGCGCUGUGGGCAAAGUUGGACAAGCGGGGUAGCCACAAAGACUACAAAAAGGGAAAAGCAUGUACUAACACCAAGUGUCUCAUCAUUGGAGCUGGCCCCUGUGGUCUCCGUACAGCCAUUGACUUAUCCUUAUUGGGAGCUAAGGUGGUCGUUAUUGAGAAACGAGAUGCCUUCUCCCGCAACAAUGUCUUGCAUCUCUGGCCAUUCACCAUACAUGAUCUGCGAGGUCUGGGUGCCAAGAAGUUCUAUGGCAAGUUCUGUGCUGGAGCUAUUGACCAUAUCAGUAUCCGUCAGCUUCAACUAAUACUUUUGAAAGUAGCCCUGAUCCUAGGCAUUGAGAUCCAUGUCAAUGUGGAAUUCCAAGGUCUUGUACAGCCUCCUGAGGACCAAGAAAAUGAACGGAUAGGUUGGCGGGCACUGGUCCACCCCAAAACCCAUCCUGUGUCAGAAUAUGAAUUUGAAGUGAUCAUCGGAGGGGAUGGCCGUAGGAACACCUUGGAAGGAUUUCGCCGGAAAGAAUUUCGUGGCAAGCUGGCCAUUGCCAUUACAGCAAAUUUUAUUAACCGAAAUACAACAGCAGAAGCCAAAGUGGAAGAGAUCAGUGGUGUGGCUUUUAUAUUCAACCAAAAAUUUUUCCAGGAACUGAGGGAAGCCACAGGUAUUGACUUGGAGAAUAUUGUCUACUACAAAGACGACACACACUAUUUUGUUAUGACAGCCAAAAAGCAGAGUUUGCUAGACAAAGGGGUGAUACUGCACGACUAUGCCGACACAGAGCUCUUGCUUUCCCGGGAGAAUGUGGACCGAGAGGCUCUGCUGAACUAUGCCAGGGAGGCGGCAGACUUCUCCACUCAGCAGCAGCUGCCAUCUCUGGAUUUUGCCAUCAAUCACUAUGGGCAGCCGGAUGUGGCCAUGUUCGACUUCACUUGUAUGUACGCCGAGAAUGCUGCCUUGGUGCGAGAGCAGAAUGGACACCAGUUGUUAGUGGCCCUGGUUGGGGACAGCCUCCUAGAGCCUUUUUGGCCAAUGGGAACAGGAAUAGCUCGAGGAUUUCUAGCUGCUAUGGCAGCCUGGAUGGUACGAAGUUGGUCUCUAGGAACAGCCCCUGUGGAGGUCCUGGCCGAGAGGGAAAGCAUUUAUAGGUUGCUGCCUCAGACCACCCCUGAGAAUGUGAGUAAAAACUUCAGCCAAUACAGUAUCGACCCUGUCACCAGAUAUCCCAAUAUUAACAUCAACUUCCUCCGCCCGAGCCAGGUGCGCCAUUUAUAUGAUACUGGGGAAACAAAAGAUAUUCGUCUGGAAAUGGAGAACCUGGUGAAUUCCCGAACUACCCCAAAGUUGACUCGCAAUGAGUCUGUAGCUCGUUCAAGCAAACUGCUGGGUUGGUGCCAAAGGCAGACAGAUGGCUAUGCAGGGGUAAAUGUGACAGAUCUCACUAUGUCUUGGAAAAGUGGACUGGCCUUAUGUGCGAUCAUCCAUAGAUACCGCCCUGAUCUGAUAGAUUUUGAUUCUUUGGAUGAGCAAAAUGUGGAGAAGAAUAACCAGCUGGUUGAUAUUGCCGAGAAGGAGCUGGGCAUUUCUCCCAUCAUGACAGGCAAAGAAAUGGCCUCGGUGGGGGAGCCUGACAAGCUUUCUAUGGUGAUGUACCUGACUCAGUUCUACGAGAUGUUCAAGGACUCACUCCCCUCCAGUGAGGCCCUGGACCUGAAUGCUGAGGAGAAAGCAGUUCUUAUAGCCAGCACCAAAUCCCCCAUCUCCUUCCUCAGCAAACUUGGACAGACCAUCUCUCGGAAGCGUUCUCCCAAGGACAAGAAGGAGAAGGACCCGGACGGCACCGGAAAGAGGAGAAAGACCAGCCAGUCGGAAGAGGAGGACGUGCCGCGGGGCUACAGAGGAGGAAGGCCCACACUGGUGAGCACUCUGACAGACAGGAGAAUGGAUGUGGCCCUUGGCAAUCAGAACAAAGUGAAGUACAUGGCGACCCAGCUGCUGGCCAAAUUUGAAGAGAAUGCACCCCCACAGUCCACUGGCAUGAGGAGACAGCCGACACAAGAGCGUGGGGUCAGCCAGCCGUCCUGCUGCCUUCCUGAGCAGGGUCACCCUGCUCCCACCCCCCAGUGGAAACAGCGACGGGAAAAGGAGCAUUCUCGGACCUGCCCCAAAAAAGUGAUCACACUCUCUCCUCCCCCUACUCCACCUCCCUGUCGGGCGCCUGGCAGCCAGCAGACGUACAGGGAUCUUGAUGCUGACAGCCGUGGCAAGCAGAGUCCCCACCAUGAGAGGCCAGAGCCUGAACCUUCUCGUCGAUUCUUUGUUGACCAGUGGGAGCUUUCUCUUAGUCUCCGCUCCUCCACCCGCCCCGCCUCUCCUUCCUCUGACUCCCUCCGACAGAAGUAUAUAAAGAUGUACACGGGCGGAGUGAGCUCAUUGGCUGAGCAGAUAGCCAAUCAGCUUCAAAGGAAAGAACAGCCCAAAACCCUUCUAGACAAGAAGGAACUGGGCUCAAUAAAGAAGGAGUUCCCGCAGAAUUUGGGAGGCAGCGACACGUGCUAUUUCUGCCGGAAGCGGGUCUAUGUUAUGGAAAGGCUGAGUGCUGAGGGCAAGUUCUUCCAUCGGAGCUGCUUCAAAUGCGAGUACUGUGCCACCACCCUGCGCCUCUCGGCCUACGCCUAUGACAUUGAGGACGGUAAAUUCUACUGCAAACCACACUACUGUUAUCGACUCUCCGGCUCCGCACAGAGGAAGAGACCAGCAGUGGCUCCUCUCUCUGGAAAGGAGGCCAGAGAAGCCCUGCAGGAUGGCCCAACUGUGGACGCAAAUGGACGGGCCAGCGCCAUGGCCAGCCCUGCUGAGAGAACCCCAGGUUCAAGCGUGAAUGGCCUCGAAGAGCCUAGCAUUGCCAAGCGACUCAGGGGCACUCCUGAACGGAUCGAGCUGGAGAACUACCGCCUGUCUGUGAAACAGGCCGAGGAGCUGGAGGAGGUGCCCGAGGAGACGCAGGCUGAGCACAACCUGAGCAGUGUGCUGGACAAAGGCGCAGAGGAGGAUGUGGCCAGCAGCAGUUCUGAGUCUGAGAUGGAGGAAGAGGAGGAAGAGGAGCCUCCUCUGCCCACCUCAGACCUGGGUGGCGUUCCUUGGAAGGAGGCUGUGAGGAUCCAUGCUCUUCUGAAAGGAAAGAGUGAAGAGGAACUAGAGGCCUCAAAGAACUACGGGCCUGGGAACGAAGAGGAGGAGGAGGAGGAAUAUGAAGAGGAAGAGGAGGAGGAGGAGGAAGAAUAUGAGGAGGAGGAGGAAGAGUCUAGUGAAGUUGGGAGCCAGAGUCUACAGCAGAUCCUAUAUCCGGCCAACCCCUUGGAGAUCCAGGCUGAUGUGCACUGGACACAUAUUCGCGAGAAAGAGGAGGAGGAGCGUAUGGUACCAACCUCUGAGUCCUCCACUUCUAGAGUGCCUGACCUUCCCUCCAUACGCCGCGCAGCCGUGCAGGCCUGGCUGGAGACAGUCUCCGGAGUCCCAUUUGAUGAGAAUGACGUGGAGGAAGAUGUGGACUCGGAGCCGGCAGAGAUAGAAGGGGAGGCAGCGGAGAAUGGGGACACAGGGGACACUGGUGCUGAGCUGGAUGAUGAUCAGCACUGGUCUGAUGAUAUCCCGUCAGAAGCUGAAACGGAGCUUCGAGUGCGGCAACAGGCAGUGGUGGAAGCGGAGCUGGAGCUGAGGGCAUCAGAAAGCGAGGAAGAGCAACCCGUCACCACACCAGGGCACCAGGAGAGAAGUCCCGCCCAAGUCCCCAGCCCUGCCCCGUCCCCUGAGGAGCAAGCCGGUCUGCUCUCCCCAGGCCACAGCCCUGUGGCAGAGGGGGCCCAAAUCCCACCUGUCUCUGUUGCUACCAAAGUGAAAUUGCCCGAGGAGAGCCUUUUCCCUGAACCUUUGCUCCCCAAAAUGAAGCCCAAAGCAGAAGUGCCCACUGACCAGAGAGCUGUGCGCUCUCCUAUCCGAUUGCAGCCAGUGGCUCUGCCGGAAGCCAGGACACCUACCUCCCCAGUUAGUUCACAGCGCCUGUCACCGUUGGCCACCUCCACCCCCACCUCCACCCCCACCACCACCCAGCUCCCCAUUUGCUCCCAGCCUCAGCCUUCCUCUGAGGCCACUAUCCCAUCCCCCACCAAGUCCCCCAUAUGCUUCCAGCCUGUUCCAGCCAAAACAUCCAUCCCCAUGGUUCCCCUCCCCUUGAAGAACCAAAGGGAUGCCAAGGAUAGACUGGGAAGCCCUCUCGCUGUGGAUGAGGCCCUGAAACGGAACGAUCUGGUGGCAGAGUUCUGGAUGAAGAGCGCCGAGAUCCGCCGCAGCCUUGGGCUCACACCUGUGGAUCGGAGCAAGGUGUCCGAGUCCAGCUUCCCAUCGCCUGCCUUUAAACCAGUGUCCCUAAAAUCCUAUUCAGUUGAGAAGUCUCAGGGUGAGGGCCUCCAGCUUCUAAAACCUCCACCUGUUCCUAAGAGGCUAGGCCUGCCGAAGUCAGAUGGUGACCAGCCCUCCCUGCCACCCCCCAAGUCCCCAUCUGACAGAGAGCUGAAAAGUUCCCAUGAGGAGAGAAGAGAUCUGUCGAGCAGCUCUGGGCUGGGCCUUCAUGGGAGCUCCUCCAACAUGAAAACCUUGGGCAGCCAGAGCUUCAACACCUCAGACUCCACCAUGCUCACUCCACCUUCAAGCCCACCCCCACCCCCACCCCAGGAUGAGGAGCCCGCAACUCUUCGAAGGAAGCCAUAUCAGACUUAUGAGCAUAAGGAGACCAAGCCCAAGGCCUCAGUGAUCCCACCCCCACCACCUGCCUCCUUUAUGCGGGCCCCCCGAGAACCUGCCCAGCCCCCCCGAGAGGAGGUGCGGAAGUCGUUUGUGGAGAGUGUGGACGAGAUCCCCUUUGCCGACGACGUGGAGGACACCUAUGAUGACAAGACAGAGGACUCGAGUCUACAGGAGAAGUUCUUCACACCCCCCUCCUACUGGCCCCGCAUAGAGAGGCCCCUCCACUCACCCCUAGCCAAGGAGAAUGGUAGGUUGCCUACUCUGGACAGUGGGGUCCAGCCACAGAAGAGGGGCCUGCCCGUGGUCUCUCCAGAAGCCAAGGAGCUGGCUGAGGAGCGCAUGCGAGCCAGGGAGAAGUCUGUGAAGAGCCAGGCGUUGAGAGACGCUAUGGCCAAGCAGCUGAGUAGGAUGAAGGAGAUGGAGAUGGCGGCUGGGACCUCCAGGCCCCCAGGAGGCACCUCCCGCAAAGCCUCCUCAGUUCCCUCCAAGGGCAAAGACCUCGGCCCCGAGUCCCCUAAACGCCUGGUUCUCAAAGGCCCCAGGGAGCCUACCCUGAAGCACGAAGCCACUAGUGAGGAGGUCCUCUCCCCUCCAUCGGACUCAGGGGGCCCCGAUGGUUCGGUCACCUCAUCCGAGGGCUCCAGUGGGAAGAGCAAGAAGAGAUCGUCACUCUUCUCCCCCCGCAGAAACAAGAAAGAGAAGAAGUCCAAAGGUGAGGGCCGGCCCCCAGAGAAGCCCAGCCCAAAUCUGGAGGAAGCCGCUGCCAAGCCCAAGUCCUUGUGGAAGUCCGUCUUUUCUGGGUACAAGAAGGACAAGAAGAAGAAGGGAGAUGACAAGUCCUGUUCCAGCACCCCUUCCAGCGGUGCUACUGUGGACUCGGGCAAGCACAGGAUGUCUCCCAUUGUGAGAGCAGAGCUGCAGCUGCGGCGCCAGUUAAGCUUCUCGGAGGACUCGGACCUCUCCAGUGACGACAUCCUUGAGAGGUCUUCCCAGAAGUCCAGACGAGAGUUGAUUUAUGUACCACACGCCUUGGCAUUCAGGAGAUCAUAUGCAUCAAAGCCAAGAACUUACACGGAGGAGGAACUGAACGCCAAGCUGACCCGGCGUGUGCAGAAGGCAGCUCGGAGACAGGCCAAGCAAGAGGAACUGAAACGGCUACACCGAGCCCAGAUUAUCCAGCGGCAGCUGGAGCAGGUGGAGGAGAAGCAGAGGCAACUGGAGGAACGAGGGGUUGCCGUGGAGAAGGCACUCCGUGGUGAAGCAGACUAUUGGGGAGAGUCUUAUUACAGUGGCCUCAUCGACUUGCAUCUGGGUGGCAUGGGCAAGAAAGAUGACCCCAAGCUGAUGCAGGAGUGGUUCAAGUUGGUGCAAGAGAAAAAUGCCAUGGUGCGCUACGAGUCGGAGCUGAUGAUUUUUGCCCGGGAGCUGGAACUGGAAGACCGGCAGAGCCGACUACAGCAGGAACUUCGGGAGCGGAUGGCGGUGGAAGAUCACCUGAAAACUGAGGAGGAGUUGUCAGAGGAGAAGAAGAUCUUGAACGAGAUGCUGGAGGUGGUGGAGCAGAGAGACGCCCUCGUGGCCCUGCUUGAGGAGCAGCGACUCCGGGAAAAAGAAGAAGACAAGGACCUGGAGGCUGUCAUGCUAUCCAAGGGCUUCAGCCUGAACUGGUCCUGAGCUCUACCUGUGCUCCGGCUGGCUGGUCUGUGGCAUCCACCUGACCCAGGCUGGGUUCUCCGAAACCACCCGGAUGAAAGAUCUCAGAAGGCCCGGCAUCUCCUGGGAGUUGACACGCAAAUGCCUAUGUGCCUCUUGAAAAGUGGGUCAAGUGUUUGUGCUCUGGGGAACCCCAGGUGAAGAUGAUUAUCUGAGGUGGCUCAUCCUCCUUGGAAGAGGCCCACCCAGACUUCCUGCUCCAGAGAGAGAGGAAUACGGAGCAUUUGACAUGUGAUAUGGGAAAAAAGAAAACCCGCUCGCUCCCCGAGGACACGCGGUGGCUGGAGCUCCUCCUUCCACAAGAGGAGACAAGAGAAGGAAGCUGCCCCCUCUCCGUCAAAACCACAACCACCAGAGUGCACCUUCACGGAGUGGAAGGGGCAGCGAUCUUCUUCAUGCUUCCUGAAGCACCACCAAAGAAACGAAGAAGACACCCCGGGGGGGCAAGAUGUGACUCAAGUCCCGGGAGAGGGGCAGUGGCCAGCAGGUCAGCGCCUGCCCCAGUAUCGCAGGGAAGCUGGAGAUGGGCUGGCUCCCGAAUUCACGAUGCAAGUAAGGAGGACCCAGGAGGGGUCUACUCCCUGGCCCCCUGCACCGCACACUGGACCCCUCGUGGCCAAAUGACCCAGGCCUCCCUCUGGCUGUGACCCAAGGCCUGAGGGUUGCUGCAUUCUGCUUUGAAUUCACAACAGUUUUGACACUGGAAAAUACUGACUUUGGGGGACAGGAUGAGGCCCUACAUUUCUAGCCCCCAGUUGACAGACAGGCGUUGUUACUGUUCAGCGCUUCACGUCGGGGUGGGAGAUUAUCUUUUUCCCUGACCUUUUUCCUGUGUUUGCACAUUGAGAUGAAGCUGUCAGCCUAGCAAGACGCUCAGCCGCUUCAGACCCUUUUUGUCAAUUAACUUAUUUUUUUAAUACUUGAAAAGAAGUAACUUCAUUUUUAUAUCUUUACUAGAGACACUGAUCACUUGGCACCUGGUGUAGGAGUGACAGGGGUGUCUGCCGUGUCCUCCGACACGGUCCCAUCCCAAACUGACUGAACGCUGUUCCAGCCAUCUAUUUAUUAGCCUUCUUCAGAGUGUUGCUGACCCACUUGGCCUCAGGGAGCAGCCGAGAACCCCGCGUGGGUUCUUGGUCCUAGCUCUCCUGUGCCCUCCUGUACUUGGUGGCCGGCCCCUCCUCCUUCACCCGGCCUGCCCUCACUGUGGUACCAAACUUUGUGUCUGCACCAUUCAUUUGUCAGGGGUACAUUUCAGCACUGUUUGAGGCCAGGCCAAAGGGCCCAGAUGCCACUCGCCUCUCCCCGUUGAACCCUGGCUCUGCAGAACCCAUUUAUUUUCUCCAUUUUGGUGCCAGGGUUUCACCUCCCCACAGCACAUUUAUUAUUAAAGGUAAGCCCUUUUCCAUCCUGGCAUUGUAGGCUGGGACCUUGUAAUCCCUCUGGCUGAUGAGAAUUCCCUCAGCCCAGCCUCAGAUCCAACCCGAUAGAGAUGCAAGUAUUGUAAUUUAGGUUGGUCUCUCACAGUUAACUCUACCCCGAACCUCCUCUGCACCCCGAUUUUCAUGGAAGGGCACGGGAUAAUGAGUACCAUGUAACUGGCUCCUUGAGCCAAACUGCUCAUUUCUCACAGUUCAACCAGAGACUGGCAUUGUACAGCUCAUAGAGCCACAGUCGGGGAAAAUGUGAUGGGGCAUCCACAGAACUGACACACGGUCAGCCCAGGGAGGAUUCCUGUCCGAGCCAGGCCGAUCCGGAAGGGCCCUCCAGCAGACUGGUGAAGAGGGGCCAGGGUAGGGCGAGCAGAGGCCUGGCAGCUCCUCAGAGUAGCCUAGAUCAGGUGUCUGUGACGACCUUGGGACUUCCGUGGGGAGCCCCGCCAAUGCCUCAGCUUGAAGCUUCAUUCCUAGUACAAAGGAACAGGGAACCUGUCUUGCUCUUCACUUUGUCCAGAAGCUGCCGUCUGUCUCCUGUGGAAGCGCAGAAGGUGUGCUGCUAGCAACCAUUGCAGCUCCGACUCCUUCACUUCCUGUUCUCGGAUGAGGCGGAGUGUCUGUGUUUAUGCGCUUUCUUAAAAAGGCGAGAGGAGGGUGUUCUGGAUACCCUCUUUAAACCUCACCCUUCCAGUAAAAUUGGACUUGAGACAGGCCCCUCAUCGCCUGUGUGGCCUUGUCCCUGACCCUCUUUGCCCCUCGAAUGCUGCUGUAGCCAGCCCAGCCCCAGGAGAGCCGCCUCCAUCCCUCGUGGCUCCUGUGAACCCCGGAGCAAGGCAGCUCUGUGCCAAGUGGCAGGCUCGGGACACAACCGCAGCGACACGCUGUGAGUAGCCUCAUGUAGCGCGGGCGCCACACAGGACCUGUGCCCUCGUGGCCGGCCGGGCCCGGUCAGCCUUUAACACCCCUGCGUCCUUCCGAAGCACACCCUGCGGCCUGCGGUUGCUAGAAAGGGGACUGAAGACUUUGCAGAGAAGCUUCCAAAAUCCACAAGCCUCCAAAACGUGCCCCGGUUCUCCACUCCCAACACUGUUAGGACUUACGGCUCUAGUAGUGCCCCUUUACUUUUAAAGCUCCCGUUUUAUAACCACUAGUUUGCAUUUAUUUUAGUACCCUGGUGACAGGCUGCAUGAAAUGUUUUCCAACUCUGGAAAUGCAUACAGCUCCAGGCAACUGUUCUUCCCGAGAUUUAAGUCCCCUUGAAGGCAGGGGACACAGGAAAUGAAAUGCCAGAGCUUGAGUGAGCCCAAACACAAGGCCCACACAGUAGGCAACCAGUUCUGCAUCACCAGAGGGAGGUAGCAGACACCUCCACUCCUGAGUCUGAGGGACUCCGUGUGGGGUUCUUACCCUGCUCAGGUGAUAUCUUUGGGCCUUUGCCCCCAGAAACCAUCCUCCAGUUGCUUUUGACCAGCAAUGAUAGACUGUUCUUUAUCCUCUGAAAAGAGAAGAAAGCUUUCAGUGGGGCAGGAGGUAGAGUUCAAAGAAAAACAGUUGUAAGGCGGUAAUAACUGAGCUGCAAAGGGGAAUGGGCCACUUUAUGCGCAAUAAAAGUUUUUCACAGAAAUACAGAGUGUAUUUCUUAAGUCAUUUUACCAAACUUGGCAGCGAGCCAGGAUGCAUUUCCACGUUCCAGCACCUGCCCUUUUCAGGUACGUGGUGUCCAUGCAAGUCAUUUAGAUGCCUGGCGCAUGUGUGGGUGUGUGUCCAAGCUUGUUUAAAGAACACAACUUCAUCUUACCCAGGCUGAGCCAUCAACUGCUAUCAUUUGAGAAAAUGCCUGAAACAACUUAGUGUGAUAGACACUGUUCUUCAAAACCAGGCCCCAGUACCGUCUUGAAGAGAAGAAGCACGUUCUGUGAAGUGAGAUUCUUCAAGUUGGAGUGGUCCCAUGCUCCUGGCAGCCUUCCUUGCCAGCCCUGCGUCCGUGCCAGCCCGGCCUCUGUCCUUUGACACAGCUGAGCAGGGAGCCCAGUGGCAUGGGGUCUACAGCCUCCAGGCCUAAAUCUUUCAGAUGUGUCAGGGUCCACAAGUACGUUCAGCAUAGGGUCUUGGAGAGAUGAUAUCACCCUUCUUUGGACUGGAAUCAUCCCCAGGAGAUCGAAGGGAACAAUCCUGGCCAACUCUUCUCUCUGCUACAGGAAGCCUCUUGGGUUUGUCUCCAAAUGGAGAUACAUUCCAGCUCUUUUCCCCUCCCUUGGUGUGAUGACUUUGUCAUCACCCACAGAGCUAACCGCAAAGGCACAUGUCUCCCUCCGGCCCAGUAACGGCUGCAGGGAGAGAAAAAAUGGCACUAGAUGGGUGGAGGGGAGUGUUGGCCAGCCUAGAGGUCUCUGCCAUGGAAGCUGGUUCCCAGAACCUCUCAGCCUUAUUGCCCGCUAUCCCAGAAAGAAGAAAGGGGCCUCUCUGACACCGACAUGGACAUCUCAGGCAGAAAAAAUAUAACUAGCUCGAGUGAACUUUCUGUGGCCAUGGUGCAUGCCUGCUGGGGAAGACUGGAGUUUGGUAGUCGCCACCUCUGCCGAUCUCAGUCACCUUUUGUUCCUCAGAGGGGCUGGCUUUGAUUAGAGGCGGAAGCAGGCAGGAUUUGGCUGCGGUUCACAGCAGCCCCAGGUGGCCAGAAAUGACUGCUGCUUUUAGGCUGGUAACCAGAAAGGAAGACUGCCCAGGCCCCCAUGUAAGUGCCACCUCAGAAGCACAUACCCUCAUUCCUUCCAAGAAACUACCAUGUCUUACGGCUCUGAAAUCCCUCCUGAACCCUGAGUCUUCCUGGUCCCUUCUUAGGAAUCAGAGUGAAAAAUGGCAAACGGAGAGAAUGUGCCAUUUUAUUUUAUGAGCUGGCCAGACUGGCCCACUUAUGGAGACUCUCCCUCCUCUUGUGUUACCUGCUUGGAAGAUGCCCUCCCAGCAACGCUCAGUGAAGAGGGUAAGAAGUCAUCCUGUUAGGUGGGUUAUGCCCCACUAAGACAUCAGCCCAGGGGCCAGAGCUGCACCUCGUACACUAAACCAAGGAGCCUGUUAGGCUAGGUGCCCAGGGUCACAAAGCCCUUUCACGGACACUCCCGGACGGACCACCUGUCGCUGCUGAACUUCACCGCAUAGCACUUUGUGACAGCCUCACUCCUUGUGUCCCCUUGAGGUCUUCCUGCAGGUGGGGCUUAAACAGGGAAGCCAGAGUCCUGGCUUCUAUGAGUAGGCCAUGUGUGCUGGCUGCCUCCGCCUGAGAAGCCAGCUGAUACCAAGACAAAUAUGGAAGAGGGGACAGCGUCCAUGAUGCGUGCACACUCAUGCGCGUGUGUGCAUACACAUAAGCACCUUCCUUUUCAUGGUCAGCAUGACCUUUCUCCAGAGUGGACAUCUAGCUAUAAAGUAGGCUGAACUGAAGCCUUUGGACCCAGGAGGGACCAGCUGUGGUGGUGGUCCAGGAUCCCGGGCUAAGGCAGGAUCCAAGUUGAGGAUCUUGUAACAAUAAACAGCCUGGUGCAUGGAAGACCACAAUUGUAUGGAACAGUCUCCAAAGUAGGCAGAUGGAGCAGUCCCCCAGAUCCAGGGGAAGGGUCUUUGGAGUGCCCAGUGCAGGUGUGGGGCUGCCUCACACAACCUGGAAAUGAGAAGGAGGUUGCUGGGGUCUGUGGCCAUAUGUGAGAGAGCGGCAAGGAAAGGGAGUUAGCAUUCAGACACAAGACUCACUCCUGCCUCUUCCCUGACUUCAGAGGAAGCUGAGGCUUAGCACGUAAUUGGUUGGUGCCUCCCUCCCUGUUAACCAACCCACAAGAUCCAUGGGAGGGCAAAACAUUGAAGGGUUUGAGAUUCUUAAAUCGGGGCCUUUGUAGAUGGACAGACAUCUUUCAUGAUGGUAACUAAUGUUGCCCUUGAAGAAACCAGAGGAGGACUGAAGGCGGUCCCAGCAUCUCUAGGGGCUGGCUCCUUACUACCCAAGUUCAUCUCCAAUCUAUCUGGUGAGCCAAUGGAGUUGUGCAUUUAUUUUUAAUUACUUAAAAUGCUGGGCUGAAUCUUCUGUUUCCUCUCAGGAACUUAACUUACUCAAUCCAGAUUGCUGUAGACAGGCAGUGUUCGCAGAACCUUCAGAUGGGCCGCUGCUGGGUGUGUGCCUGAGGCUGGACCAUGCUGAGCCCGAGUCAGCACUCAGUGCCUUACUGGGAACAAACCAGCACUCUCAACUCAAGGGGACGCCCCAGCCUUUUCCCUCCUGCCCCCUUCUACAGCCCACAGCCACCGGCCACCUCCACCUUCAUCUUAAGGCAGCUCUGCCAAACCUGCUCUCCCUGCGGUGGCUCGGGGACAUGUCGUGGGUCCCUGGUCCUCCAGAGUCAUGAUCAAGGAUAAGGGAUUCAUCCAAGUGAAGGCUAGGGUAUGUUAGUGUUCCAAUGCUGAUCAAGAGCCAAAACAAGGGUUCACUCACAUACACCAGAGGCAAAUGGCACAGCAAGCAACGGGGAAAAAAUGAGUGUUUCUUGGUAGAAAGGCCCGGAUGAAUACCCAAGGUUUGGCACUGUGGCCGUCAGGUUGUCUCCCCAAGAGCUUGAAUGCCAGGUCUUUCCUGUGGAGAAAAACACAAGAAGCACCUGACAGCCAAGAGCCCCCUUUCCCCAGCUGCAUUUUAUUUAACGCUUUUUAAAAAUGUUUUUAAAGAAUUAAGUACCAUUUUUAAAAUGUAACCAGGGCCAGACUUACUUGGUACCAGCCUUCAUAUUGGGACAGAAUCCUGUUUCUGGCCCUAGUAAUUAAUGUUGUAAGUCUUCAUCACAUUGUUGUUCAAGUCACCUGUAAAAAUCUGGGUGGGGAGGCAGGAGGGUCAGGUGGGGAGGGUCGUGCCUGAGGCUGGAAGAUGCUUGCCUUGGGUCAGCACUUGGUGCCUUAUACCAGUUUGGGAACAAACCAGCACUCAGCUUGGGGUGGGGGGGCACCCUCUUCUUUUCCCUGCUGCCUCAUCUACAGCCCAGGGGAUCAGAGUUGGUGGAGCCUUACCUCCUGCGGGGUGGUGACCCCAGAGUGAGUGUCUCUUCUGAGUGAAUCACCCCAGCAUGACCUUGGCCCCUGUUCCUGGAAGAUGCAGAGACAGCCCCAGGGCCCUGCCAAGUUUUCCUACGGGAAGGUAUUUGGAAGAAGCAUCAAGAAAAGACAAGUCUUCUGCAAUGCUGUGCCUGAGGAGCGUGGGGAGCAGGGAUGCCCGCUGUGCUGACUGCGGGGGCUGAUGUGGACAGGUACACUAAGUUCAUGCCUGUGUGUGCUAAGAGCCCUGCCCACCCUGUUGCUGAAGUUUAGUCUUUAAUGGGAAGGGACAAGGGAAACAAAUAGUAACUUUUCUUCGUUUUGGUGUAGCCGAGUGCACAUUUACCCUCCAGCUGUUUGCACUCCUAUGGCCGACAACCAAAAUAAAG